AUGGCUCUCGGUUCAUUGUCUACGUUAGAGCUCGCAGCAUACGGCGCCCUAUCUCUCAUUGCGUGGAGUCUGCUUCAUCCUCUUAUUUCCUGGAGCCACAAAAUUCCCGGUCCUCUCCUCGCCAAGUACACACGAUGGUGGUACCUUUGGAAGGUGUCCAAGUACGAUUUCCAUCUUGCCAAUAAGAAGCUUCAUCAGAAGUAUGGUCCGAUCGUGCAGGUAAUGCCCGGCUACUUCUCCAUCGAUGAUCCGGAGACGCACAAGACUAUCUACGGAUACGGCGCGCCGUGGAUCAAGGGCGAGUCAUACGACGCAUGGCAUGUGGGACCCAACUUGUCGAAUCUGUUCAGCGAGCGGGAUCCGACCAAGCACGCCGCGAUGCGUCGAAAAGUAGCUUCCAUGUAUUCCAUGUCAUCGUUGGUGUCGUACGAGCCGUACGUGGACGAGUGCAUUGCGCUGUUCCGAAAGCACAUUGCCACCAUCGAGGCGUCCAAGGGUGAGAUCGACCUGGCAUACUGGUUUCGCUGCUACGCGUUCGAUGUGGUUUCCAUGAUCACGUUCAGUGAUCGUCUAGGGUUCCUGACCGAGGGCAAGGAUAUCGCCGACCUGAUGCAGACGCUCGACGUCAUUUUGCAUGUUCAUACGUUCCUGAGCGUGUUCCCCUGGAUCAUGCCGGUGGUGCAUUUCCUGCAUGGUUUACUAGCCGGGGGCAAAGAGGUUUACCAGCAGCGAUUCGCCAACGAGAAGAUUGAACUCAAGCGGCGCGAGCCGGAUGGUCUACCUGCAGACGGUCCAAUCUGCAUGGUAAAGAAGUUCAUCGACGCCCAGCGCAGCGAGAACAACCCCAAGGGCAUCACGGAUUGGGAUAUCUCGCUCAACGCCGGGGCCAACAUCGGCGCCGGCAGCGACACCACUGCCAUCACACUCAGCUGCAUCGCCUUCUACAUCUUCCAGAACCCGCGAGUGCUGCGGAAGCUCCGAGAGGAAAUCGAUGGCGCAGGCCUGGCCAGCACGCCGACCUUCCAGUCUGUCCAGCAGCUCCCGUACUUUCAAGCAGUCAUCUACGAGGCCACGCGGGUCAAUCCGGCGAGCGGUUUGCCUCUUUGGAGGGAGGUGCCCAAGGGCGGGGCCGUAAUAAGCGGCCAAUUCUUUCCCGCAGGCACCAACAUCGGCGUCAACAGCUGGGUGGCCAACACCAAUAAGAGCAUCUACGGGCCCGACGCUGACGAGUUUCGGCCGGAGCGUUGGAUCGACAGCGCCGGCCGUUUCGUCAAGAACUCUAAUGAAGACAGCUAUUUCACGUUUGGGAUGGGCUCUCGAACGUGCAUCGGCAAGAACGUCUCACUGCUGGAAAUCAACAAGGUCAUCCCGGUCCUCGUCCGCGACUACGACGUCGAGUUUGUCAACCAGGAUAGGAAGCCGACGAAGGACGAAUCGCUGGUUGGCAAGAACAUGUUCUUUGUCAAGCCGGCCUAUUUACAUGCGCGGAUAGCAACGCGGGGAAGCCUGAAGCCUUCGAUUGCAUAG